GCAGGGCGGUGCCGGCAGGUAGAGCCCAGCGGCGGCCACAGCUCCAGCAGCAGCCGGGGCCGCGCACUCAGGACGCACCGCGCACUCAGGACACACGCACGGAUCACGAACAGGGAAGUUGGAGCGUCAGAGUCGGAGGGAAGAAGCAUGUUCAGCUGGGCCAAACAGGAGCAGGGCGGCCGCAACAAGGAGGGAGAGAUGUACCAGACGGUGACCGAGGGGCUGCAGACCCUCUACACCAAGAAGCUGCUGCCGCUGGAGGACACCUACCUCUUCCACGACUUCCACUCCCCGGCCCUGGAGGCGGCCGACUUCCAAAGCAAACCCAUGGUGCUGCUGGUCGGACAGUACUCCACCGGGAAAACCACCUUCAUCAGGUACCUGCUGGAGGAGGACUUCCCUGGGAUGCGGAUUGGUCCAGAGCCGACCACCGACGGCUUCAUCGCCGUGAUGUACGGAGAGAACGAAGGCGUCGUCCCCGGCAACGCUCUGGUGGUUGACCCCAAGAAGCCGUUCAGGAAACUCAACGCUUUCGGGAACUCCUUCCUCAACAGGUUCAUCUGCUCCCAGAUGCCCAAUCAGGUCCUUCAGAGCAUCAGCAUCAUCGACACUCCUGGAAUCCUGUCUGGAGAGAAGCAGCGGAUCAGCAGAGGUUACGACUUCUCCGAGGUUCUGCGUUGGUUCGGGGAACGGGUGGAUCGGAUCAUUCUGCUGUUCGAUGCUCACAAACUGGACAUCUCAGACGAGUUCUCUGAAGCCAUCAAGGCCUUCAAAGGUCAAGACGACAAGAUCCGGGUGGUGCUGAACAAGGCCGACCAGGUGGACACCCAGCAGCUGAUGAGGGUGUACGGCGCCCUCAUGUGGUCGCUGGGGAAGGUGAUCAACACUCCGGAGGUGGUGAGAGUUUACCUGGGCUCCUUCUGGGCCAAACCGCUGCAGAACACCGAGAACAGGCGUCUGUUUGAGGCCGAAUCUCAGGAUCUUUUCCGAGACAUCCAGAGUCUUCCGAGGAACGCGGCGCUCCGGAAACUCAACGACCUCAUCAAGAGAGCACGACUCGCAAAGGUGAGGUCACAUGACACGUCUGGAAUUCUGGGAAAAUCCUGGAAUGUUUGUUUGAAAUGGAAAUCUGAUCCGACUGCAGGGAUCAGAGGAAAUUAGAGUUCAGUCGGCUGU